CUCUCGUUCAGAGGAUAACGCUUCAUUCAUUCAUAGUUCAAUUUCUCCGACCGCACUCUAUGGCUACCUGCUCUUAUCUUCUCAACCAUGUCCAGAUUAAAGGAUGGCCGUGGCCCUCGAGGAUGAGGAUAUCCAAGCAUACAAAUCCCACUGUCACUGAAAGCUUCAAGACAACCAGUAGAAGGCAUCCAAAGCAAGGGCUCCUAAUUGCACAAUGUUCCUUGUGUUUGGUCCAAGUUGGAGCUUCUCCUCCUAGCAUUGCAUUAUCACCAUUAUACUUACCUCCUUCAGGGGAGCCAUCUCAUAUUACGGAUGCAGUUUCCAGCAUUCUUGGAAUUGGUAUGCCAGACACAUCACAUACUCUCUCAAAUUUAAUGCACAAGUUGGUUCUUGCAGAUUUGGACCCUACUACAGCAAAGCUUGCUAUUGGAUUUCUAGGCCCUUUUUUCUCGCUAUUUUCUUUUCUGUUUAUCAUAAGAAUAGUCAUGUCCUGGUACCCCAAAAUUCCAGUGGGGAAGUUCCCUUAUGUUGUAGCUUAUGCCCCCACAGAGCCACUGCUCGUCCCAACCCGGAAGUUGAUACCGCCUUUAGGCGGUGUGGAUGUAACCCCUGUGGUCUGGUUUGGAUUGAUUAGCUUCCUGAAUGAGAUAUUAGUUGGUCCGCAAGGGCUGCUUGUGCUUCUCUCUCAGCAGGUUAAUACCUAACAUACGUAGCUGAACAACAUGCUGCUGAUGCAGGUAGUAGUAUAUGUAUGGUUACUCAUGUUUGACUAUGAUCCUGGACGGAUUUAAACACGUUUAGAGUUUGCAUGA